UGCUCUGUGUGAACAGGGGAGGAGAUGCUGGAUUCGGGAGAAGGUCCGCCGCCAUUAUUGGGAAGCUGAAAAAAAAUAGACUUAUACACACACCGUCACACAUUUGGGCUGCACGGGGAUCAACGAUAGAAAGGAAAAUACAUCGCUUUGGGACGAGCUGUUGUGCGCUAACAAAGCGGCGCUUCGGUAAAUGAAGGCAGAGCUUGUGGUCGCGUUUCAUUACGGACUCUUUUUAUUUUUGACACAACAAAGGAAAUAAUAAUUGGUCAAAACAACGUGGUGCUUGAACCAAGAAGGAAAAAACACACCGAAACAGCGCUUGUUCCAACGCCUCCCCCUUUUUCUCCUCGUUUCCAGCCGUGCUGAAAAGCCUGGAGUUUGAACAGCAUUUUUUUCUUCUUUUUCCUGACGAGAAUUUAGUUGUUUUUUCUGCUCUCCAUAGAUAUGCAUCUCGUUCCUGAAAACUUCUGAUUAAAAACGAGCACUCAGUGUGGGAAGCAAUGGACAGAUAGGCUGUUUGUUAUAAAGAAGCGGACAAUAAUCGAUGUGAGUGCUGCUAGGAAGUGUUUUUGUCUGGUUUUUUUUAAAGUCUUUCACCGGCUGAGUCGCAGAGGAGCACCCAGAGAAAGAAAGGAGUGGACCAGAGCUGGAGAGAGGGAGGAAUGCUAUGCCGUAAUAAGAUUAGGUGUCUGGUGGAAGCUGGCGCGGGAAUGAUUUCAGCAUUUGGCAGUUAACAAACAGCAAAACUGUGUGCAAGAAGAGGCAGGAAGUGAGGUCGUGGCGAUACUUCAGGAUAGUCCCUCUACUGACCAAACCCCAGCGCAGUGAGUUCCUCUUGCAUGGAAACCCUCCUUUCCUGGCAGCCUUCUCCUCUCCCUAGAGCUAGUGGCCAGCAUGGCAGGAUGAGCCUCUGCCAGCGAUGAUGAUGGCCAAAAAGCAAGAUGUCCGGGCACCCACCUACAACCUGGUCGUGGUUGGGCUGUCCGGCACGGAGAAGGAGAAAGGCCAGUGUGGUGUGGGCAAGUCUUGCCUGUGUAACCGCUUUGUCCGGCCAAGUGCAGAUGACUUCCAUCUAGACCACACCUCCGUUCUCAGCACCAGUGACUUUGGAGGCCGUGUGGUGAACAAUGAUCACUUCCUGUUCUGGGGAGAGGCCGGGCGAACGCUGGAGGAGGGGCCCGAAUGCCGUAUGAAUGUGGUGGAGCAGACGGAGUUCAUUGAUGAUCAGACGUUCCAGCCACACAGAAGCACGGCGCUCCAGCCGUACAUUAAGAGAGCGGCUUCCACCAAGCUGGCUUCGGCUGAGAAGCUGAUGUACUUUUGCACAGACCAGCUGGGACUGGAGCAGGACUUUGAGCAGAAGCAGAUGCCUGAAGGCAAGCUUGUGGUGGAUGGCUUCUUACUCUGUGUGGAUGUUAGCAGGGGUAUGAAUCGGAGCUUUGAGGACCAGAUGAAGUUUGUUACCAAUCUGUACAACCAGCUAGCCAAAACGAAGAAACCUGUGGUACUGGUUCUCACCAAAUGUGAUGAAGGAGUUGAGCGCUAUAUUAAAGACUCGCACACUUUUGCCCUAGCCAAGAAGAACCUACAGGUGGUAGAAACAUCAGCACGCUCUAAUGUCAACGUUGAUCUAGCCUUUCUUACACUGGUUCAGCUAAUAGACAAGAGUAGGGGAAAGCCCAAGAUCAUCCCUUACUUUGAGGCACUGAAACAGCAGAGUCAACAGAUUGCCUCAGCCAAAGACCGCUAUGAGUGGCUGGUCAACCGAAUUGUGAAGAAUCACAAUGAGACAUGGCCCACUGUCAGUCGCCGCAUGCAGUCUGCCCCUGAGUACAAGGACUAUGUUUUCCUUGAGGGGACAGCUAAAGCCAAGAAGCUCUUCCAGCAGCAUGUGCAUAGACUUAAACAAGAGCAUAUAGAGAAACGUAGGAAGGUCUAUCUAAGUACUCUACCACAGGCCUUGUCAGUACUGUUACCAGAGUUGGAUGAGAUAGACCACUUGAGCUGGUCUGGGGUUCAGAAAGUCCUGGAGACAAAGAGAGAUUUCUCCCAGUGGUUUGUAGUGCUAGAUGACACCCCUUGGGAGACCACACCACACAUUGAUAACAUGGAGGAUGAUCGAAUUCCCCAAGACCUCCUGGAGACCCCCGCAGCUGAAUCUAUCUAUGAGACCCACCUCGAGCAGCUAAGGAAUGAGCGCAAACGGGCUGAGAUGAGAUGGGAGUUCAAGGAGAAGCUAAGUGUCUCUCCUUUCAUCACACCAGGGAAACCCUGGGAGGAGGCCCGAAGCUUCAUCAUGAAUGAAGACUUCUACCAGUGGCUGGAUGAGGCUGAAUAUCUGGAUAUCUACAACAAACACCAGAAGGAAAUCAUUGACCGAGCCAAAGAGGACUUUCAGGAGCUGCUUCUUGAAUACUCUGAGCUCUUUUACGAGCUGGAAGUGGAUGCAAAGCCGAGUAAAGAGAAAAUGGGAGCCAUUCAGGAGGUGUUGGGAGAGGAACAAAGGUUUAAAGCCCUACAGAAGCUGCAGGCAGAAAGGGAUGCUCUGGUGUUGAAACAUAUCCACUUUGUGUACCAUCCUACAAAGGACACCUGUCCCAACAGCCCCCACUGUGUGGACAGUAAGAUAGAGCAGAUCCUGGCCUCCAGAUUCCCUACCCGCUACCCAUCAUCAGAUAGUUCAAGACUGGAUUUGGGGAGGGCUGAAAGGAUAAAUCUUGUCAUCUUAGGGAAAGAUGGGCUAGCCAGAGAAAUGGCAAAUGAGAUAAGGGCCUUGUGCACCAGUGAUGACCGGUACGUGUUAGAUGGCAAGAUGUAUGAGUUAGCUCUUCGUCCAAUAGAGGGCAAUGUACGUCUGCCAGUCAAUUCAUUCCACACGCCAACCUUUACACCCCAUGGUUGCCUGUGUUUGUACAACUCAAAGGAAUCCCUCUCUUAUGUUGUCGAGAGUUUAGAGAAGCUUAGGGAAUCAACUAUAAGCAGAAGGGAAAGGGAAAACAGCUUAGCCCAACUCCCGCUGUCCCUCCUUCUGGUCACCAAGCGGGGGGUGGGGUCCAUUGGAGACAUUGGAGGGGAGACAGCUCAGACUCUUAUCCAACAAGGGCAGCAGGUGGCUGGAAAGUUGCAGUGUGCCUACCUAGACCCUGCCUCUCCAGGCAUGGGAUACGGUCGCAACGUCAAUGAGAGGCAGAUCAACCAGAUGCUCAAGGGCCUCUUAGAAUCAAGGAGGAGUGUGGGAAGCAGCUCCCCUCCUUUACCCCCUCCAUCCUCUGCUUUCAGAGACUCUCAGUCCCAGCCGAUGCUAGAGGCAGACCUGAGGAUAGUCAUGUGCCUGAUGUGUGGUGACACAUACGACAUAGACCAGCUCCUUGCUCCCUUCCUGUUACCCCAGCAUUGUCGUCCUGCCUCCAGCCUCAGCAGUGGCACCUCCGUUUUGCUGGAUCUCAGUAUAGGAGGUCAGAGGCAGAAUAUUGAGCUGUCACUGCUCUCCUUUCAUUCCUCAUUCUCGCUCCGCAAGACCAAGCUCGUCCAUGGCUACAUUGCAGUUUACUCUGCUCGCCGCAAGGCCUCUAUGGAGACAUUAUGUGCUUUUCUGUGUGAGGUCCAAGAUAUCAUCCCAGUCCAGUUGCUAGCAGUAGGGGAGAGCCAGAUGGAGCUGUCGGACUCAGAGUCAGCAAAGGAGCAGGUCAGUCAGGGAGAGGAACUGGCCCAUGAAAUAGAGGCCAGGUUUAACACAGUAAUAUGUGGACAUGGUGGGGUAGUGGGGGGCCUUCAUAAGAUAGACCUUUUCCAGUCCUUCUUCAAGGAGGCGGUAGAGAAGCGCACUAUUGUUGAGGCUACACACAUGUAUGACAAUGUGGCAGAGGCAUGUACCAAUGAGAGCAUCAGCCCUCGCUGUGGCUCUCCUAGUCCAGUUAACAUUCUCAUGGACUCAGAGGAUGAUAUCGAACCAUCACCACCUUACCCUACCUUGAGGGAGGAUGGCAGUCUCAGUUCCCACCUUGGAACCUUUAAGCUGCCAGAUCUGGAUUCAAGUGAUACCUUCUCUGUCAUUUCUGAGCUUAGCACCUUUGAGAGCAAGCUGAACAACAAGGUUCCUCCACAAGUGAAGCCCAAGCCUGUCCGUAAGGUUAACCUCGGCCCCUACAUGGACCAGCAGGGUGGCACCAACCGCCGCUCCUUGCCCCAAGCUGUCACCUGGGCUCCAGGUAGCGAUGGUGGCUAUGACCCCUCAGACUACGCAGAGCCCAUGGAUGCUGUGAGCAAACCUCGACCCACAGAGGAGGAAAAUAUAUACUCUGUCCCUCAUGACAGCACACAGGGCAAGAUUAUCACCAUCCGCAACGCCAACAAGGGUCACUCCAACGGGAGUGCCGGGGGGAAUGGCUCAGACAGUGAGGCUGAUAGCAGCUCACUAGAGCGCAGGAGAAAGUUGUCCGCCAUCGGGGUAAAGCCCAAGCUUUACAGAGACAGAUCCAAACGGCUUGGCAAGUUCAGCAGUUUCAGGACGAGCUUCUCAAUAGGCAGUGAUGAUGAGAUGGGCGGUCCACCCAAGGCUAGCCAGGAUGACGGAGGAGCCCAGAAAGACAACUCCAUCGAAGAGAGUGAAGACCCCAAAAGGAGAAAUAUUCUGAAGAGCCUGCGCAGAAAUGCAAAGAAACCACGACCCAAACCUAGGCAUUCCAUCUCGAAGCCCAUCGAGAGCAACUACUUUGGUAUGCCACUGUCCACCGUCGUCACUCCUGAGCGACCGAUCCCCAUCUUCAUCGAGAAGUGCAUUCGUUUCAUUGAAACAACAGGGUUGAGCACAGAGGGCAUCUACAGGGUCAGCGGGAACAAGGCCGAGAUGGAGAGCAUGCAGCGGGAAUUUGACAAAGAUCACAACCUGGACCUGGUGGAGAAAGACUUCACCAUGAACACAGUAGCCGGAGCCAUGAAGGCCUUCUUCUCUGAGCUACCUGAGCCUCUGGUGCCCUACAGCAUGCAGGGAGAGCUGGUGGAGGCCUUCAAGAUCAACGAUAGGGAGCAGCGCUUCCAGACGAUGAAGGACAUUCUGCGCCGCUUCCCCAAGGAGAAUUACGAGGUCUUCAAAUAUGUCAUCAGCCACUUGAACAAGGUGAGCCAGCACAAUAAGCUGAACCUGAUGACCAGUGAGAACCUGUCCAUCUGUUUCUGGCCCACACUCAUGAGACCAGACUUCACCACCAUGGACGCCCUGACUGCCACCCGCACCUACCAGACAAUCAUCGAGAGCUUCAUCCACCAGUGCGCGUACUUCUUCUACAAUCAGCCUCUAGCCGACGGCCUCCCCGGCUCCCCCACCUCUACGCUCUCCUCUGGGGGCGGAACCUCGGCCUACUCCUGCAUGGCUGGAGGCUACUCAUCCUCACCGACUCCGUCCCCGACUCCCUACGUCCUCCCGGCCACCCCUCCUGUUAUCCCACACUACGGCCCUCCUAUCCACCACCAACACCACCACCACCACCACCACCACCAUCAACAUCAGUCCCCACCCCACUCUCCACCUCCUACUCCUCAGUCCCCGAUCCCAGCCCUGCUGCCGCCCUCGCUGCACCCCCAUCACCCCCCUACGGAACAACACACGCUGUGAACCAGGGAUCAAGGGAAAGAGGAAAAAAAAAAGACUGAUAACAAGAUUCAGAGAGAUUUAAGGGUUUAGAAUAAGAGAUUUUGAAGUUUGGGAAGGAAUUGAAGAUAAAUUGAAACGAGAACAGGAGGUAGGAAGAGAAGUCGGGAGAGAUUGAGUGAGAUGCAGUAUGUACAGGGAGAAACCUACACGUUUGGGAGAAGACGGGGGCGUUUGACCCUCUGUUGCUUUUAGAAAAAUGGACACACACACAAGGAAGAAAAGGGGAACACUGAAGAGCCUCUGAACUGGCAGUAUGAUCUUUCCCCCUCCUCGCCACUUUAUCCCUUUGUCUCUCAGUCUCACUUCAUCUAGACCUGCCCUCCUUGCCUUAUAGAGAACCUACACACAAACACACUAAUGAGUGAGACGUUGCCAGUAACUGUCAAAGGGACUCAGGGAGGGAAAUGGAAGUGAGGUGGAAAGGAGAAUGUGAACUCUUGUUAUGUUGGGAUUACUUCACCACACACACAAACAGACACACACUUGACACAAACACCCAGUGGCCGGUGUGCCUCCGACAACCAUUCUCCUCAAACGCUUCGCCUCUAACUGCGCUGGGAAAUUUGGUGGACGGCACCCGUCUUUUUGCAAUCCCUCCCACCUACUGUACCGACCCGGGAGGCUGUGGCUGGGACAAAGUGGAGCAGAGAGCAAGUCCUGAACACGUUUGUUUAUUUCGCCACUGUACAGAGGACUUAAGCAAGAAACACGUGUUACCACUCAUCCGACAGGAUGUUCUGUCCUCCGCGACACACGCAUUCCUAUCUAUCAACCCCUCACAGAGCCACACACAUGCAGACAAAUUCAGUUUCAGUUGAGGCAGUAUGCCAAGCACAGAAUAAAAAAAAAAUCUCAACCGACCGGAUCUUCUAGGCAGCAAAUUGGAGCAAAGGAUUUUGGGAACAUCGCUUUGCAUUCUGGGAAGGCUCCUCCCAGUCUCCUGUUUGUUCUCUCUCUCUGGGUUUGAACUUCAACCUCAUGCCCUGUCCAUGUAAACACAGUAAUUGGUCUAAAUCUUGAUUCUAUAUUGAGAUUCCUACUGUCCUGAUGCGUUUUUUUAUUCUGUCCCUCAUUUGACAAAAUCUUGGGAAACAGAGAAACCCGGGCCCAUCGCUCAAUGAGUGGCCUUGUCUGUAAGUGUCUGUGUGACUGUCUAUCUGUCUGCGUGUGCAUGUAUCCAUGCCUUUUUGGUUUACCUGAAUUUCCCUGCAUUAGGCAGAUAGUGGGAAUAAUUCCAGUGUUGGACCUUCACCUGUCAUGUCGCUUCUUUCACGCUGUGGUGGUUUUUACGAGCGAGUUCAGUGCUGCAGUUAUCCACAGUGAGGACCUUGUUCAAAAAGCACUUUUCUGAGCACUUUGAAGGCACAUUUUAAAUUGGAGCUGCCAUGACAUGACAGCCACCGUUCACUUUAUUGUCAGUCCGCCCUACUCUCUCUCUCUGGGAGCACACCACUGACAUCUAGAGGAAGAAAUGGGUAUCGCAGCCAUAACCUCACAUCCACUACUGCAUGGGCGUAGCACCAUUUUCCUACUGUGGUUUUUGUAGCGUCAGAUUCUCUUCUAGGUGCAAUUGUCACGAUUUUUCAUCACUGUAUAUCAGGUAAAAUUAACUUUAGAGCUCAUGAAAUGUAAGAGUGUAAAAAUAAGAAAUGACGGCAGUUUUAAAUCUGGUACAAAUCAAUGAGAUUAUAUAGAUUCAAGCUCUGUAGCCACAUGUGGUUACAUUGCAGUUGAUUAGACGUGCAGUGAAUAAAAUUGCCUCUCUGUCUUUUGUUGUUAGUUUCCACUUCACCAAAGCACUCAGCCCUUUGCAAAGGAGUACAUGCCGCUUCCCAGACGCCAUAUUUGAGUGGAAGGAAAUGAAGACUUAGGAGAUUGAGGCACAAUGUAGCAUUACAGGCCAGAGAGUAAGAGCUGGAAGCGAGGCUUUUCGCUUUGACAGGCGGGAGGAGAGGCUUUUUAUUGUUGGAAAUAAUUGGUAACCACAGCUCCACGCCUCAGCACGCUGUCCUCUUAGGACACAGCGUCAUGCCUCCAGAAAGGAGACUCAAACCUGCUCUCUGUGGACUUGAAAUAUAAUUUGCAAGAGUGUAACCACUACACCAGACUCCCCCCGCUGUCACUGUUAUGCCACCACAUCCCCCUAGUCAUUCCUAGUCCAAGAGAGACAGUUGGGUCUGGGAGAGACAGCAGACAGAACAGACAGUCCAUUCAUCCGUCUGCAUGACU